UGAGGCUCUAGAUUUUAUAGAUGUGAUUGAUCAGGAACCUGCUCCAGCUCGGAUAAGUUCCUACUUCAACGCACCAGACGCCGACGUUACCAUUCGAUCUUCCGACAAUGCCAUGUCUACUUCAUAAAAAGUAUCUUGAAUGCACCACAGCAGCCCCCCUGCAGAACUAGUGACAGACGCCAAAGAGAUAGUACAUCUCACUGAGGGAGGUGACACAUUGGAAAUCUUAUUCCAAGCUAUCUAUCCUCGUCCAUUCCCCUCUUUGAAAGACUUGAAGUUUGAUGAUAUAAUGCUGCUCGCGGAGGCUGCAGAGAAGUAUCAAGUUUUUUCGAUGAUUUAUACGUGUAAAAUCCAUCUUGAGAAGUUCUGUAUCCUAGCUGCUCUUCGUGGUGUUACGAUGGGUCAAGUCUGCAGUCUAAGCGGAGGCGACUUUUAGCACAUGCUGUCAAGCACGACGAUCUUGAAAUGGUUCGGGAGCUCCAACCACUUCUUAUCAACAUCCCUUUAUCAGAGGUGGCAGAUAUAUUCUU